AUGGAUUACAAACUACCACUGCUUGCUUACUCUUCUCUUAUUGCCUACUUCUACCAAUCAACUGAUGGAUUUGACCAAAAAGACAUUUUAAGUUAUUGCAUGUUGUAAGUUAGCAUUUUUUAACCUGUAAAGAAAGUUUUUGCUAUUCUUAGUUUGUAAAGAAAGUUUUUGCCAUUUUUUGUUUUGUAAAGAAAGUUUUUGCCAUUUUUAAAUUUUUAGAGAAAGUUCUUGCUAUUUUUUGAUUUGUAAAGAAAGUUUUUGCUGUUUUAAGUUUAUUUUUUUCAGAAAAUCUCUGCCAAUUUGGUUCCUUUCGGCCGUUGCUUAUUACUCAGAUCCACAUGAAAAAGACAUAGCUAGAGUUCGGCUAGCCUUGGGAUUACUGUUCGGAGGGAUUGGCGACUUCUUUAUCUCAACAAGUGAAGCUGGGUUUGAUUUGGCUAUCAUUACUUUUGGAAUUGGACACAUCUUCUAUAUUGUAAGUUUACCCUACCCUACCCUAAACCCUAUCCUGUCCGGCUCUGGGCUAUACAGUACUUUAAUCUCUACCGUACCACAGGCCUCAUUGUACCUUUGGCCCUACAGUGCCUUAGGCUUUACCGAGCUUUAGUCUCUAGGUCCUACCCUAAGUUAUACUGUUCUUUAUGCCCAACCGUUACCUAGACUGUAUUAUUCAUUAGACUCUACCAUACUCUAAAUUCUACUGUACUUUAUGGCUUCUGGUACAUUAAUUCAUACCGUGCCCAAGGUUUUAUCAAACUCUACCGUACUCAAGAUCUUAUUGUACCUUAGAUUUUAUUGUACCUUUGGCUUUACCGUACUUUAAGUCUUACCGUAUCCUAGGCCCUUCUGAACCCUAGGCCUUAGCAUACUCUAAGUGCUGCCGUACCUUAGGCUCUACCGUAACCUAGGCUCUACUGUACCCUAGGCCUCACCGUACUCUAGGUUCUACUGCACUCUAGGUUUUAUUGUACCUUAUGCCUUACCGUGCUCUAGGUCGUACCGUGCCUUAAGCUCCAAUGUGUCCUAUUCUCUACCAUGCCCUACACCCUGCCGUACCUUAGUCUCUAACGCGCCUCAGACCUACCGUACCUAGCACUACGGUAGUGUUGUACUCUAAUUCUUACCGUACGUUUUUUCAUAACAAAAAACUUAUAUUUUAGGCUUACUUCGGAUCUCGUCUAGCCAAGUUUAGUGCUCCAGUGGCAGCCUUUUGUAUGUUGUAUGCCUUCGUGGUGAAUCACUUCCUGGUUAUACCGUACCUCUGGCACAUUCCAUUGCAAAUGAUCUUGAUUAUUGCUUACAGCUUUGUCAUAAGUGCUGCAGUUAUUGUGGCUGGAUCUCUGUUUCAUCAUGGAUCUCAUGACAGCCGGUUUGGGACUGUGAGUUUUUGAGGUUGUAAAGAAAGUUCUUGCCAUUUUUUGUUUUGUAAAGAAAGUUCUUGCCAUUUCCAACUAAUUUUUCAAUUUUCAGGAAUACCAAGCUUUAAUUGUGGGUUACUGUCUUUUCUUCGUAUCAGACACCGUAAUCCUGUUGAACAAACUACAGUACAACUUUGCACACAACCAUGAGUUCAUUCUAUUCACUUACUAUGCAGCACAAUACUUGAUCUAUCAUAACGCGGUUGGGACGGAGAAGAAGGCUUUGGUACAGUAA